ACGAGACUAGGUGUAAGCUCAAACCCUCCUCUUCACUUCCACGCCUCUCCUCUCUUUACACACUUCGCUACCUCCCACUCCCUCAUCAUGUCUUCUGGUGGUGGCGGGGGAGGGGAUCAAGGCCGUCAUGGCGUCUACCACCAGCAUGGCCACGGCCAACUCACCCGCAACGAUGGCGCCGGUGGCUACGAGUUCAGCAACGACGACAUGGAGAGCUUCUUCUUCAACCAGCCUGAGGGCGUCGUCGGUGGUGUGCGCGCCGACGAGAUCGAGCCGUACUCGAGCCUCACGAGCUACCUGCAGGGCUUCUUGGACCCCACCGGGCUAGCUCGGCAUCUCGACGUGCCGGCCAAGCACGAGCUGUCGGUCGACGUUAGGACCCAUGACCAAGACAGCCAGGGCACCGGCAGCGCUGCUGGCGAAAGCGCUCCGCUGCUAACACCCAACUCAUCCGUAUCUUUCUCGUCCGGAGGCGGGGACGGCGAGGGGAAGUCUCACCGGAGCAAGAAGGGUCGGGCGCAGGAGGCGGAUAACCAGGAGGAUGGGGAAAGUUCCAAGAAAGCGAAUAACAAACCCAAAAAGAAAGCCGAGAAGAGGCCGCGUCUUCCCCGCGUCUCCUUCCUCACCAAGAGCGAGGUCGAUCACCUCGAGGACGGCUACCGCUGGCGCAAAUACGGCCAGAAGGCCGUCAAGAACAGCCCUUACCCAAGGAGCUACUAUCGGUGCACGACGCCAAAGUGCGGGGUGAAGAAGCGGGUGGAGCGGUCGUACCAGGACCCGUCGACGGUGAUCACCACGUACGAAGGGCAGCACACGCACCACAGCCCCGCCAGCUUCCGGGGAACCUCAGCGCACCUCUUCAUGCCCCCCGGCGUCCACGGGCUCCCGCCGCCACACCUCAUGCCGCCGGGGGUGUUCCACCCGGAGCUGAUGAGCAUGAUGCGCAUGCCGUACCCCAGCCCUAACAUGCACCUGCCGAGUGUGCCACCGCCUCCCCAUCAUCAUCCAAUGGCGGGAACUCCUCUCCAGCAGCACCAUUUCACUGACUACGCGCUAUUGCAAGACCUCUUCCCUUCCACAAUGCCCAACAACCCAUGAUUAAUUAACUCCUUCGGACAUACUUAAUUAAUUAGCUAGUUAGCCUAGUAGUAGAUAUGCAUGUAUGAUGCUUUCCAGAUGCCGGACUUGCGCCAUAUGUGAUCGCCAGGGGUACCCUUGAGCUUGGUCUAUGCAUGGUGCGGUCCUGUUAUUAAUUGUUAAUUUGAUGCAAACUUUUAAUCUUGAACUUGUGCCUACAUUGCUUUAAUCCUCUUCCGUUUGUCUUCCACGGGCAAAUUGGAUGAGUUGAUGAAGCUGGUCUAAUAACUAGAACAGUUGCAACUUAAUUUAUAUAGCUCGUACCGUGGACUUCUUGUACAUGUACUAGUAGUGCAUAUGUGUACCUCAUUGACUCCUUCGGUGAGAGGAAUAUUUCAUUUCACUUU